CGCGUAACGUCGGGUCAUGAUAGGGGAAAGGGGAGGCCCGACCCGAGGAGAGAGGACGUCACCGAGAGUAAAAAAUUCAUUAGGUAAUUAGCCGAGGAGGAGGCAGGUGAAAGAUCCGUCGGUUCGCGCAGAUGUUCCAUCCCGAAACGACCGCUAGGUGCGGGCGCCCCGUCCGCCAACAGCCGCCCGACGGACACUCGAGGAGACAAAAAAAAAAGAGCACCCGCCCGGACACUCUCCUCGGUGACGGGGUCCAUAAGAGGAACAUUCUUUGGACGCGGGAAGAAGCGUUACGGAGAAACCCGCAUAUAGCGUAAGCAUUGCGACUGUUUUCUCGACGUGGCCAGGCGGAGGGAAACCCAACGUCAUUUGGAUUGUUGACAAUUCUUCGAGAUUAGUUUGAUAUUUUACACAUUUUCGCGCCCGGGAUAAGUGAGAGGAGGAACGAUGUCCUUCUCCCCUUUCGUUCGCAUCUGGGCACGUGACUAAACUAAUAAUUAUCGAAUAAAACAUUUAGUAACAAUCGACUCGUGCGUUAAAUAUUUUGUGUUUUCCAACGGAGAAUCUUCGAUAUCGGCCUCCGUUACACCUCGGAUUUAUUUCUGUCUUUCCCGAUAAAGCGUCGUUUUGUUUUGGAAUUUAUCCCCCAAUAUCGCACGAUUCUCCACGUUUCUGCUCCUCCCUGUUUUCUCGGAUAAAGCGCCGAACGACGCGUGGACGACAACGUUUACGAUCCGUCUUCCCUAAAAACGAUUAGCCACGAACUCUGUCCACCUUUUGUAAACUAACGGAAUUCGUUAAUUCCGAGAACGGGGGCAAAAAGGGGCGGAGAAGUUUUCCGGUCGGUUUUUCGGGCGAGAAAAUUCCCAACGACGAGAAAUAUCCCCGUACGGACAAUUGGGGGGCAAAACGUUAGGUAUCGACCGGAAAGGAGGGAAAAAGUCGGGGGCGGGCGAAGGUAAGAUUCCAUUUUUGGCGAAAGAGGAAAGAAAACGUUUGGAAGGAAAAGGGUAAUCCGGUGGGUGGCGUUUUUAAUAGGCAAUCUCGGCGUCGAAGAGGUAGAAGGAGAAGUUUCUCCCACCAUCCUUAAAAAACUUCUGGUUAUUAAUCGGAGGCUGGCUGGGAAUAAUUGUCUGACGGAGAUAUAUUUUGGUCGAUAGCAUUAAACACCUUCGUCCGAGGAUCAAACGGGCAAAAGGCUAAACACACCAAAAAAAAAUCCAGAAUAAGCAAAUUUAUGUCUGUAUUGUUCGAAUGGUUCCCCCUCCUCUUCCAUUCUUUCCUUUUUUUCCUCCUCCUCCUCUUUCCAGACGUUAUUCAUCAAGUUUCUGGUGAAAAAAAUCUCGCGCCAAUUAAACCGCGCGUUAUCAAAAUAAAUGUUGGAAUAAAUCUUAAUAAAAUUCUUCGCCUUUCCGACAAUUGCCGCCAACGAAAGAAUAAAAAAAUAAACGCGGGAUUACAUAAGCGCUGCAUCCGGUUUCCGUCAGCUCUUCCGUAACGCCGCCACAACGCGCAGGGCGUACCGGGUUACGCGCGCGCGCGUCGUUACUUCCUCUUCUCGCGUGGUGGUUUCGGGAGGCCCUGCCGCCAGCCGGAAGGGGGGCCCGGGUGGUGGGAAACGGAAAAGGCGCCUCCACUCUUCCUACCGAAAUUCUUCGAUUAUCGGCCGGGAGGGGGAAUAAUUCGGAGAAAAAUAUGAAAAGAAGAGCGCGAAUCUAUAGAGGGAUUGAUUGGGAGAGGCGUUGGUUAUAUCCAUCGGCUCAUCAAUCCCGGGACCAAUGAUCCUAGAUUUACGUAACACCUGCUCACACUCGGACGGAGGGAUCGAAGGGGGAUUAAUGAGUCGAGUCGGUCUUUUCCUAUUUCCACUUUUGCCAUCUGCCCCCGACGCGGCUCGCGCCGUCCGCGUUUUUAAUUUCCCACCCCCGGCAGCGGGAAUAAUUACCCUUCGGAUGGCGGGGGGAGACGCGUAAGAAAAUCAUUAGGGGAGGUGGGAGUGCGCGCGAUUAGAAUUUGUGUCCGGGUCGGUGUACCGAGAGAUCCAAACCGCACCUUUUAGCUGUAUACACAACUUGUGUGUAAGGACCAGCUGUCGCGAGUAUCGAUUCAUCGCAUUCUGCACCGUCUGCUGUCCUCUGCUUCUGUCAGAUACGUUCUGCCGUCCCGCAUUCUGUCCUCCACAGCGCUCGGUGACGUCCGCACCACGUGACGGAACCGGUAGGAUAGAUUUGUAUACCCGAAGAUACAAAAUUAUUAAAUGGUUUAUCCUUUGAGCCGAACGUGACGUAAUUAGUUACGUGUCAUUUAUUUAAACGCGUAGAAACCGCCGCGGGGAGGAGGAGGAGGGUUUGCUUUCACGGAUAUUUCGCCGGGUCUGCGAGGAUUUUCUCUUUUAAACCGUUUCCGGCCGUCGAAUAUCGAUUUUUCGACAAUCGAUUAUCGGAAUGAAAGUUUAAAACUUUUGUUACGUUUCGGUCGCGACGGAUAACGGGCGGAGGCUCUUACGCCGCACGCGCCGCCGCCUCCCCGCGUCGGAGGCCAGCCACCACCGGUAACGCGCGUGCCGGCGCCAUUUUCUAUCCCCAGCAAAAACCUAUGGUAAAUAAGAUAUUUGGUGGAGUGUAGAGCUUCCGGGCGUAACGCUUCAACCCCGCGGGCCGGGGUUGACCUCUCCUCCCGGAUGUCUAUUUCUAGAAUUCGGAGGAAGAGGGCCGCGCGCCAAGGUACGUAAACGCGGCGCGACGGUGUUUUGUGCCGAAAGAGAAUGUGAAUAUUGGUAAGGCGACGGACGGUAUAAUAAAAGAAAAUCUCAAUCAAUGGACGCACCAUUUAUCACGCGUGACAAGUCACGCCACGGCCGGGAGUUUGACGAAUUCUCGGAAGACAAAGAGAAAAACAAGGAUUAGAGGAGAGGAAGACGAAGGGAGGAUUAGGCUCAUCCGCAGGGAGGAGUCCAAUUACCGGAUUCCGGCGGAGUAUAAUAUAUACUGGUGUUUACAAUAUAAUUUUACGGCGAGGAAGAAUAGUCGCUACUUUAUUAUUUAUCGCCACUAUUUUCGUCUGACAGGUGAUAUUUUGAAGCGAAGCUAUCGACUGAAUUACGAUAACUAACGACGAGAUUUUCUAGAGUUUUUUGGAUACUUUAAAAAGUCUGAAAACGAAUUAUUGAUAAAUUACCUUCGAAGUAAGAGUAACAACUUAUAACCCGCCAAAGACCGCCCGAAAGCUACUAUAUAAAGGCGGGGAGGGUGGCAAAUAACGCGGCUCCCCCGCCUUUUCUCCUAACAAAACGUUAACAGGCUUCCGCCCCCCGACUCGGCCCGGGGAAUGGAAAUCUGGCCCGUAAUCCCUUGGCUAGGUGCGAAAUUUAAGCCGGGGACCGGGACAAACCCGUCUUCGGGGGGCGCGAAUAAAUUCCGGGAAAGAUAUUAGGCAAUCGGAGCGACACCGGGUGGGACGAAGAAGAAAAUGCGGCCGUUAUUCCGGGUUUAAUUAUCGAGUGCGCGUGCAUCUUACAAAAGUUGCACGCGAAGUAGCCGGUGGCGGGCGAUAUUUCAUUAAAAGAUAGGCGGAGAUUGCCUACCCGCGCCAUUCGUCAUGCGACUCUCUCUCUCUUUCUCCCCGGUAGGGUUUUUAAAAAAGGCCGGACUCGAACCCCGACCGCUCGGGGGAGGUUACCGAAAAGAAUGUUUUUGGCGGGAAUCGAUUCGGCCCCCCUUCAUUACCGUAACACAACCUGUCAAUACACGGGAAAAUUUAAAUUGUAGGAAAGACGCCAGAUGUGCCGGUCUCUGUGCCUCAUUGAUUGCAGUAUGAGCCGAGCAUGCUGCGGCCUGUCGUCACCUCUAUCUUUCUUCCAUUUAUUUUCCCGGUCUCUGGUAAAUUGCCCCUUUUUUCCCUCCCCCUUUCCUCUUCUCGGUCCCACCCACUGACGAAACAACCCAGCUGCUUCAUUAAGGACACUACAGUCCGAGAAAUUCCUUCGCCGGCUUAGGUGUUGCCGUCGGAAUAAUGACUGCUUCCGCUAUUAACCUUCUCGUCUGCCGCGUGACACCUUCUCCUCCUAAUUGGCAUCGACGUGACACCUCGCCGCGAAAAAAGCGUGGGAGAAUUCUUUUUUAUACUUCGCUCCACCACCCACAAAAAGCGAUUCUGCCGCAUUACCCAAGGGGGUCGCCCCCUUUCUUUAAUUAUCGUUGGGGGUGACGUUCACCUGGCAGUCGUCCGAAUCCGGGCGGGUUCCAAAUAAAUUCGACGGUGAGAACACUUAAUUAAACGCCGGUUGCUGUCCGUAAAUGCCGGAAUUUUUUAACACUUCAAACACUAAAUGCCGGGAAAUUUAAGGGCGAUUUCUCUACUUUCUACUCGAUUUUAAAUCGAUAUCCGAAAGGAGAAGGAUAAAGAAGGGAACAAACGGGAAUAAUUUACCCUGGGAUAAUUAAACCGCGACAUCUUCUCUUCGAAACGACUUUACCGACUUUACUUGUCGGUAAAGGCCCGCCAGUUAACGGAAACCCUGGUCGAAACGUCCUCCGUCCGAAUAAUUCCCUAAAGAUUUCCCGCAGAUAAUGAAUUUCCCUUACAAACCCGGAAUCUCUCGCUCUUUUUCCGCAUUUAAAGGUGGUGGUCGGCGCUUCCUUUCUUAAAUAUUUCGCAUCGUUCACGCGGGGAGCAUUACGAAUAAGACACUACCCAAUCUGCGGACGGACCCGCGCCUCCAUCAGUCCAGUGGAUCUCCCCACAAAUCGAAUGGCGUUGGGCAGAAAAUGCUAGAACCGAGCAUUUUCGUUCCCGCUCUGCUACCAGAGUUUCGGAUCGGGAUCGGCCGGAAUCUUACCACUAAAUUAAAAGGAUAAGUUUAAAACUGGCGUACUUUUGCCUCCCUACUCCCGGGACGGUGGCCAAUAAGCAUUUGGAUUUUGAUGUGGAUUCCUCUCUUAAAGCAUUUCGAUCUUACGCCCGAGGAUUCUUUUAAAAAUCGACGGUUCGAAGUCAUCCCCGACUCAAAUAUUACGGCAAAUAGACGAAAAUUUUCGACACUCAUUUUACGAGUAGUCGGAAACGGGGGGGAAAUCAAAUAAAAAAUGUCUACUCGCUUCCCACGGAUAAGGCGCCUUUAGUAAAAAUUAGAGGGGAGACAAAGACGGUAAAAGAGCGCGACCUGUAGGGAGGGGAGGGAAGGUGGCGUCGAGAAUAAGUCUUUCUUCGCUCGCCACCGCCAAUUUCAGGUGUUAAAUUUCUCAGGCCCGUCGUAAUCCGGUCGGCUCGUCACAUAAAUCACUUAGAGUCUGUCGUGACGCCCCCGCCGAACCGGGUAGAUAGGUCGGAAGAUACAGGUGGCGCACCUUUUAUGCGUGCCGAUGCCGCGUCCGGAAUUCUUACCGAAUGACGUGUUUGCGGAUGCCGUUUUCUUCUCUUCCCCUUUUUUCCUUUUUUCGUCGUCAGAAAAACAAAUUCACCGACGACGAUUUGGUAAAAUAAUUUCCAACGUCGGUAUCAACCUCGCGGCUCUCUCCGUCGCAUCUUUUGCCCCUUUUCUUCGUCUUCUCGCUCGGAAACUUCCACAUUUUCCGCAUUACUUUUAAAUUUUGAAGAACCGGAAGGCCAAAGCCGUCGAAGAUUCACUACGGUCCAACGCGCGAGGGUUUCUCGCUUUUCACACGCAUCGAGCGUCACCGCGGCCGGGGAAUUGUCUUCCUACCGUCCCAGACGAAAAGAAGGUAACGCGCGCCGGGGACGACGCGUCAUGCGCGUUCGAAGAAGAGAUUUUAAUGCAAAACUGGAAAAAUAGGAUUGGGCCGCGCGGCCAAAGGAGGAGGAAUUACGAGUGGGCAGAAUCGAUCGACUCGUAAUUUGUUGCUUAGAAAUGUGGCUUACAAGUUUUGACAUCGAGAGAGAGAGAGAAAAAGAAUGUGUAACAAGGGGGAAAAAAGUCAACAAAUGGUUAUGGGAGGCAGGAAACUUUCUUUCCGCCAUUCUUUCUUCCCCUGCGAAUUGUUUGAUUUUUUCUUCCUUGAUCUGGGUUACGCGGUCGAGGUGUCGAACAACGCGUAGGAAGGGAGGAAAAAGCGCCGUUUCUCGUUGGCGCCGGAUGGAAUAAUAGGAAUUAGGUUAGAUAAAUAUUUUCCCAUUGAUAAUUACUAAUUUAAUGGGUUUACGAAAUUAAAGGUUUAUCGAUUUUUAAAAGUAAUUAAUUUAAAUUUAUUUACGCCGCUUUAUGGUUUCCGGGUGCAAUAUUUUUGCCGAAAUGGCCCCGGCCGUCGCGUGAUCCCAAUCUUCGCGCCUCUUGUUCUUUGCAUUUUUCGUCGUCCGGACGCGCGCGCCGCACUCUGUUUUUCCUUCUUAAUUUGAAAAAACGCAAAUUCCUCCAUCUCUUCCCGACGAAUGGCGUCGGGCGCCUUUGAUAUAAAUACCACGGUAAUCGCCCGGAUCCUUCCCGUACGUCGUGCGUUUAGUCACGUGACCGGCGGUAGGCUUCCCAUAAUCCGUCUAUCGGCCGGGCCACCGGUUCGGGCGUCGUUGCGGGGCCGCGAUAACUCCCUCCCCUUCGUAAUCGCUCGUGCACAAUUGUCCGAUUAAUAGCGCUGCGCUUAACCGCCCACCGGUGACGUAAAAAAACCGACGGUGGGUUUAAAGUCGUAUUCGGGAUUCGUUUUUCGGGGAAAUUUCGUAUCGCCGAAUGGAGGAGUAUCCGAUAUUUCCCGCGUAUCGGAGAGUUCUCCGUCGUACCAGGGCGUGGAAAACGAUUGUCGCCAGCUUCCCGUAUAUGAAUACCGAAUCUUCACGUAAACAGAGAACUUAAUGAAUUAAAAAGAGUCCUCCGUCUUCCCUACGGGGAUUUUUACGUAAUUAUAUUUUCGGAACAAUUUAAUUUCCUGGCCUUGGGGUUUGGCCAAUUCCAAGAAGCCACUUUGAGGCUAAGCUCUUGAAACUUCAUUAAUUGUAGAGCGUCCGUCGCAGUUCGACUCCAAAAACUCAAAUUUUACGCCAGUGGCGGGUGCAAGUUACGAUGAUCGAUACGACCCCGCGCAAUCGUUUCUUCCAUGCAAGAUUCCUCAAAGACAGAUUAUUCCCGGAAUUCUCGAGAUUCCUACAUGCGUUUACUGGGAACCAGCGAUAAUCCCUAAAUGUUUUUAGGAGGAAGCUCUUUUUUGGUAUGACGAAAGACCGUGGCGUUAUCCGGGAACGGGUUCGAGAUCUCCCGGAGGUUGUCAGCAUCAAUUUGGAACUCCCCUUUAAAGGAUUCUCCGUAUUCUAACUCCCGAUCAACCCCAGCCCGGAUUUUGGCCUGGCAAAAAAUGGGAUCGAAUCUGGGACGGAGGAGUUGGGAUGCAGAACAGAAAAGAACGAAGAAGAUCGUUUCCGACCACUUCCGAGCGUCUUCUGGCCACCUGUGGCUCGAGAAAAGAGACGAGAAAACUCGUCUCCGAUAACCCCCCGCAACAAUGACAGAUUGAUGACAUCUGCAACCAGAACAAGAUACUAUUUUAUGACGUCAAUUAGCUGUCAACCAAUCGUCGGUGUCGACGACAAGCCGAAAGAGUCCGCAGUAAUGUAACACCGUGGGGACAUCUGGCGCCGUCGGCCCCGGCCGGGGGCUCGCCCAUUAGCGCCAUCUGGCGUGCGGAGGCGGUGACGACCGGGACUCACUCUCACGACCCCCGUUAUAUAUAUAUUACGCGCCAUUAAAAAAUUAACACUUUCUCCUCCAGGCGGGGUAUUUUCCCUUUUUUUUAAAUCUCGGGUCGGUCUAACGAGACGGGCAAGAACCCCGUAGAAAGGCGUAAGGCGGGGUGAAACCCGAGGUUAAAAGGCUUAGGAGAACGAAAGGGAAAGGAAAAAAGCACGCUGUACCUCACGUCGGGAGCGCAGUUUAUAAUUUACAGUCUGCACUUGCCAAAUUGGGAUAUAAUUCAUCGAAGUCUUUCAUUUCCCAACAACACGCCACAUGUGCUCUAGAUAAACAAGAAUUAUUUAUUUUCGCAGAUAACAAAAUGCGAAAACCCAAUUUCGAAACGUCGACGUUUUCUUCCGAUUACUAAAAUUAUCGAAACUUGCGGAGGGGGGAAGAGAAAGGGAGCGGGCGAGAGAAUCGAAGCCAAAGACGAUUGGUUAGACGGCGGCUCGCGCUACCAAACUCGACAAUUACGAGCGGUGUCGACGUCCUCGACCCUCGACCCCGUCGUGUCACGUCUUAACCAUCUGGUGCGACGUCUUGGGUUACUUUUCCCACCGCGUCGGAAUCCUGAGGUUAGAGAACUCUGACCCGGUGGAUUGGGAAACAGCUUUGCUCUUAGCAGCGGCAUCUGGACUCAAGAUGUGCACGUCCGAGCACUUUUUGGGAAAGGGUGCAGUCCGAAACGGGACACUUUCGUACGGAUUAACACGUGGGUAUCCUCCACUCUUACGGCAGCGCCACCGAGGAUCGAAUUACCAACGAAUUAAAAGGGUUUUGACCCGACUUCAGCUAGGAGGGACGAUAAAAGAAGAGAAACGGUGACGUAACGGCGGGCAAACAGUCUCUCUCGAAUCCGUAACGAAGAGUGCCUUAUCUUAUUUUUAAUGUUGGCUUCUAGGAUAGCGUUUCGUAAAUGGCCAAGAAAUUACAUAAUUCCGAUUUUAAAAAACGUUUCGGGAGCCCGAAAAUCUACUUCAAUAUUGUGGUGCGAGUUACGGCCGGAAUUAUAAAAACACGCAACAAAAACAAAUUACAGUAACAAAGAUUAAUUUGGUGAUUUACGCUUUGUCCUUGCGUUACAAUACGAAACUACGAGCACAAAGAUUAAUUUAUUAAUUUUAUGCGCAGAAGCGAAAACGAUGCGGGACGAGGAAGGUGGUGCACGGGUUGAAGCCAUUUUGGAAUAUUUAGCAUGGGAAGGGCAGAAGCAAAAACGAUUUCUAUUAAUUUUAUUUUUAUACAAAUUUAUUCAAAAAAUUGAAAACGUCUAAAAUGACAAAAUAGGAAAUAAAAAAGAAAAUUGUUAAAGAAAGAAUAAAUCUGAAAACGAAUGGGCCAAACGUCUCAUUUUGCGAGAUUUCUUCUCGGCCGGCGCCAGAAAUCUUUUAAUAUGUUCUCUCCAGAUACGGAAUAUCGACUAUUAAAACGAGAAAGGCAACUUUAAGAAGUAUAAAUACCUAAGGAACGAUCGACAUUCCCCAUAAAACUCCCAACUCCUGCCAAAACGUUUCAGGCCACGUUUCGUUAGCUCUUCGUCAUUUGCAGAGUCGCCGCUAAGAAAACCUCGUUUAUCAACUCUCUCCCUCUCUUCACAGAAUUAAGGAUAAGGCGCGGAUUAUCCCUCUCCCGCCGACUCUCCCCUCCUCCGGUGUUGGGGGUGGAGGGGCGGAAGACGGCCACCGCCUUUGACGUUUCUGCCAGAUAUUCGGGAUGUCUCGGACCGGUUUAUUUCGGCGAGUCCACCAUUGAUUUCUUUGGUCGGAAGGCGUAUUCUUCGCUACCGCAUCCUUUUGCUCUUCGCUGCACCUUGUACCCCCGGGACACGCAAGCGUCGCACGAGGGGGUCGAACGUUUAUUCAAUCACGUCUCUUCCCACAUCCAUUUUGGUCUUGGACCCACACCUAUCGAUCCGGAAAAAAGAGGAAGAAGAAGAAGAAGAAAAAAAGAAAGUAAAACUUCCUUUCUUCCAUGUUUCUUAAGUAGUUCUUUCUAUUUUUGCUAAUCCCAAAGUGGAUGAAAAUUUUCCUUUUUCUUUUCCCAAGAGAAAAUUUCGUAAUCGUCAUUUUAAGACUCCGCCGAAUUUCAAAAUUUAUUUUAUAAAUUCCGAAUUUAAAAAUCUUCGGAAAAAUUCCUUCCGAAAUUAAAUAGGCCACUCGAUUUUACAAGAAAAUAUUCGAAAAUCUUCACCUUAAAACAAGGAAUUAAAUUACGUAAAUUUGGAAUAAAGCGCUAAAUAUUUCGAGACAUUAAAUAUUCGGUGGUUCACCUUUCCCAGUUAAUUAAUAUUUACCCAGAAAAUUUUAAAUAAUAAACCCGUUGAUAAAAUAAUCCCCAAAAUAUUUAUAAAUCGUUUUCGGGGGUUAAACCCCCAUCCGAUCCUCUGAUAUUGUUAAAAGGUGGGCCUGGUUUAAUUCUCCAAAUUACUUUCGGAUUAAAUAAAUACCAAAAUUUGUGAUCACACUUGGGAAUCCAAUAGUUCUCGCGCAUGGUCAAAAAUAUUUCACUUCCCUAAGAAGAACUCGAAAUAUUUAAGAUAUAUAAAAAUUAGGUUUAUUUAAUCCUCUAAAAGGUUGCAGAGUUAAUUAAAACGGUUCUCUCAAACUGGAAUUUAUUUAAUGGCAAAGGAAGGUGUUACGAAAACUCUAAAUUCGAUCUUAAAAUCUCUAAAUUAUAUAUUUUUACCCGCAAAAUAUCGAUGUAUUUUGCAGGAUUUCAACGGAAAUUAGUGGGUUGGCCUACAACAGUGCUUGACGGGACCACGGCCCGUUGCAAAAUUUCGAAGAGGAAUUUAGAGAAAAAUGGGGUAACCUUCGGAAACCGAAACCGAUCGACCUUCGAAAAAUAAAGAAGGGGCGAAAGGCAACAAUAAUUUAUAAUUGCCAGCUCGUUAAACACGCCAAACGCAGCUCGAAAAAUGCGGAGGAACUCGGAAAAAUUUUUAUACAAAUCGAUUUUUUUAAAAACUCUUCUUAAAUCAGUUUUACCACUAAAUAGGGUGAAUCGGAGGUUUACCGAACGGUGGCGCUGCGUAACGACGGGAAUGGGAGGAGCCCGGUGCGCGUCCACCCCCCCGCUCGCGUCGCGGCCCCCCGGCGUGAGAGGAGCGCCACGUGCGACGUCUCCUGGGAAAGUAUCGACUCGUAACACGUGGACUAGCGCCUCUAAGGUUUCAAAAUAAUAUCUUUGCUGUAGCGUCCAAGUCUUUAUUGGGUCGUAAUCCGACAUCGAAAUGUCUCUCGGGUCGCCCGCUUGUCAUUUACUUGGCGUGGAUUCUUUUUUUAUAGGCAACACGCUACUGGUUAAACCCAAGGCCAGAAGAACUUUCGCCACAUCCCAAGGCAAAAUAACAGAUUAUUCGGACGGCGUAAGAAUGCCAGAUUCGCCGGAUUGCAAUGUCAAACCAGCACCGGUAUCGACUUCGGCCAGUAUGGCGUCGUCGGUGACUAAUCACAAGAUGACCAACGUCCAAGGUAUGAAUGGAACUCAUUCUCCGCACACGACGUCGUCGACGGAGACCCCAUCUCCACCGGCUACAAGCCAACCAAAUAUGUCAACCAACUCCAUACCUACAGCCGAGUUGCCGCUCGGUUGCACUAUCCGUCAGCUGGGAAAGUUGAAACGGUUCCUAACAACACUCCAACAGUUCGGAAGUGACAUAUCACCAGAUGUUGGAGAGAGAGUGCACAAUCUCAUAUUGGGGCUUGUGAGUUCGUCACUGACAAUAGAAGAAUUUCAUCAAAAAGUGCAAGACGUGACUAACUACCCGCUGAGACCCUUCGUGGUACCUUUCCUAAAGUCUCACUUACCUUUGCUUCAAACCGAACUGAUUCAUUUUGCUCGACUGGCCAAACAAACACCUCAGCAAUAUCUCCGUCAACACGAGCAACUAGUCAUCGAUUCCACUCUUCAUAACGGAGGAGAACCAUUCGAAAUUUUUCAAGCGGAUACCAAGGAAAACGGAAAACGAAGAACACCACCCGACACGCGGAGUCGUGAGAAUGGCUACUCGGACGGUGGAGGAGACGGACCGCCUCCAGCCAAGAGACACCAGCCUCUACCCAGUCCAACGCUAGGAUCGAGAAUGAGUCCUGCAGCCGGUCCCAACCACGGACCAGUUGGAAUGAGCUUCCGUUUCGACGACCCGUCCGUCGUGUACAGAGAGAGGGAAAGGGAUCGUUACGAACGUUAUGAACGUUAUGAGCGUGAGUUGUAUAGACCAUAUUAUGGUACUUUACAUAGAGACUAUAAUGAGGAGAGGGAUAUGGAAGAUGAAUGGAAAAAUAUUCACACAAAAUGCGUCUUAAUCCGGGGCGGAAUUAAAAUUUUACGUUUUAGGUGGCAGACGGCCGCUAAGUGCGUAACUAAUUUUACUUUUGCAGAUUAUUCGGACGGCGUAAGAAUGCCAGAUUCGCCGGAUUGCAAUGUCAAACCAGCACCGGUAUCGACUUCGGCCAGUAUGGCGUCGUCGGUGACUAAUCACAAGAUGACCAACGUCCAAGGUAUGAAUGGAACUCAUUCUCCGCACACGACGUCGUCGACGGAGACCCCAUCUCCACCGGCUACAAGCCAACCAAAUAUGUCAACCAACUCCAUACCUACAGCCGAGUUGCCGCUCGGUUGCACUAUCCGUCAGCUGGGAAAGUUGAAACGGUUCCUAACAACACUCCAACAGUUCGGAAGUGACAUAUCACCAGAUGUUGGAGAGAGAGUGCACAAUCUCAUAUUGGGGCUUGUGAGUUCGUCACUGACAAUAGAAGAAUUUCAUCAAAAAGUGCAAGACGUGACUAACUACCCGCUGAGACCCUUCGUGGUACCUUUCCUAAAGUCUCACUUACCUUUGCUUCAAACCGAACUGAUUCAUUUUGCUCGACUGGCCAAACAAACACCUCAGCAAUAUCUCCGUCAACACGAGCAACUAGUCAUCGAUUCCACUCUUCAUAACGGAGGAGAACCAUUCGAAAUUUUUCAAGCGGAUACCAAGGAAAACGGAAAACGAAGAACACCACCCGACACGCGGAGUCGUGAGAAUGGCUACUCGGACGGUGGAGGAGACGGACCGCCUCCAGCCAAGAGACACCAGCCUCUACCCAGUCCAACGCUAGGAUCGAGAAUGAGUCCUGCAGCCGGUCCCAACCACGGACCAGUUGGAAUGAGCUUCCGUUUCGACGACCCGUCCGUCGUGUACAGAGAGAGGGAAAGGGAUCGUUACGAACGUUAUGAACGUUAUGAGCGUGAGUUGUAUAGACCAUAUUAUGGUACUUUACAUAGAGACUAUAAUGAGGAGAGGGAUAUGGAAGAUGAAUGGAAAAAUAUUCACACAAUGCUAAACUGCAUUCUGGGCAUGGUCGAAAAAACAAAACGAGCCCUGGCCAUUCUCCAGCAUCGGAGCCAGACGGAAAGACAAGAUUACAUUUCUUGGGGGAGAAGACAUUUGGAUGGAAUGGACUUUGACAUCAAAAAGAGGACAAGUGACAUCAUGGCUCAGUACAAAACGGCAGAAGAGAGAGUUUGUGAAGUCAGGAGACGAGCAGCAGCUGAAACAAUGAUGAAACUACCACUCAUCCAGAGACAACCACCUCUUCUUGCACCUCCGGAAGAAGCCGUAAAUGAAGUGAAAAGGCAGGCGGUUGCGGAGUUCCAAAAAGCGGUGUCGGUGGCAGAAACUAAAGCCAGUGAACUAGUGGCUGUCGAAAGAGCAAAGAUGGAACGGCUGCUGAGUGAAGCUAGGCGUCAGGCGGCUGAAGAAGCUUUAGCAGCAAUUAAUCAACAGGAAGAUUCCACAGAGACAUGUUGGAACUGUGGCCGCAAGGCAAAUGAAACAUGCAGUGGAUGUAACGUUGCCCGAUACUGUGGUGCUUUCUGUCAACACAAAGAUUGGGAAAAUCAUCAUCGAGUCUGUGGUCAGUCAGCUAAUCUAAAUGUGGGCACAACAUCCGUGACACAGGCAACAACUGGUGGGACAUCAGCAAUCACACAAGUGACCGGAAGCACGGUACUGAAAAGAAGUCCGAGUCCCACAAGAACUGGUUCGAUCGAUAUCAAACCCACUCCCGAAAAUAAACAUUAAAACGUUCAUGCUGCAUGGCUAAUUAUUUCUGUUUCAUAUUCAUUGCUGAUGAUUUCAUUGCUCACAUUUUCAAUCUCUAUAAAGAGAAGACUUCAAUAUCAUUGGUGUUCAUCGGAUGGUCAUUGAACUCAUUAUUGUGAUGCAGCAUUGUAAAUAGGAAAAAGUAAAGCAAGUUCCUGUAGCAUCGAGUCGUAGGCUGCACUGUAUUUCCACAGAACUGCAAUUCUGACCAUAGAAAUUUUUAUUUGUUGUCAUAUUCAAACUAAGACAAUUUAUGUGCUAUAUCAUUCAUUGUAGUGCAGCAUGUUUAUUGUAUAAUAAUUUCGUUGCACAUUUUCAUUCACUAGUCAUUAUAUCAGAUAACAUAAAACAUUAUUCACUUGUUUAUUUAAGCAAGCACCCGUAGACUUUACCUAACAAAUCUAGUGGAUCUACGGGUGCAUUCUAGUCACCAACCAUUCGAAUUGUGCAGUGAUUGUUAAUGGCAGCUGUUGUAUGUUGCCUUAAAACAACGGAAAAUAUCCUAGCAGUACGUUUUGUUUUGUUUCUCUUUGUUUUUAAAUGUAUGGUCUGUUAUCAAUGUCCUAAAAGAUCUUAGAUGUCAUUAAACAUACCAAAUAUUUAUAUUCGGCUAAGUAGGUCAAACAACUAGGGUCUUUGCUGCUCUUUUCCAAAAAUAAUGAGUUUUGUUAUUUUAAUAGAAACCUUUUAUUUUUAUUUAGUUUUCAAAUACUAUGUAUCAACUGAAGGUAUGGCUGACAACUCCACUAAGUUAUAUUGUUUGAUAUUAUUGAAUUAAAAGUUGCAGACAUUCAAGUGACUUUUAAUAUAAAUAUAUAUAUUUAUAUAUAUGUAAUUAUAAUUAUAUAUGUUUUGAUAAAAUAGAUAACUAAAUUCUUUUAAUUCUAAAACAUAAAAUUUGAAAAUGAGAUAAAAAAUGUGAAUGAUAAUGUUGAAAAUUUGUAGUUAUAUAUUUGCAUCUCUUUGUAGAGAAUGCAAAUUGUAAAAGCUGUGAUAUUGUCAGCUAAUUCUAUAAAAAUUACAAAUUCUCAUCAUUAUUUAAGUACUCUCAAUUUAUGACAAUAAUAUAUUGAAAAAAAUAUCUUGUUUAAUUAAAAAUUAUUAGAAUUUCAUUUAAAAAUUGUGUUUAAAUUUAUACAUUACUUCUUUGAUUCAUGUUUAGGCUAAGCCACAAUAAAUAUUUCUCAUAUUUGUUUAUGCCAUUUUAUUUUAACAUUAAAAAUGAUUAAAAGAAUUUCGUUACUAUUUAUAAAUAUACCAAAGAUAAAAGAGAUGUUUACUAGCUUACCUAGAAUUGUUAUGUAUCAAUGUUGAAUUAUAUUUUUAGUUUGUAAUCUUACUGAUUUUAAAACAAUGAAAAUUUAAACUAUUACAUAGCUAACAGUAUUAGACAAUAUAAUUUAAUGCUAUAUUGUAGCAUGUUAAAAUAAAUUAAUAUAUUAUGUAUAAAUAUCCACCAACUGUGAACUCUCUGAAAAUACAAAUGGAACAAGCAAGAGUGCAAUAAUGUCAUUUCAUUGGCCAAGCAUUACCAGUAUACGUUUAUAAGGGAUUAAAAUUUAGAAAAGUGCAAAAAGAAAAAAUCGUAUCUAGUCAAUUUAAAAGACUAACUUGCUAAAUAACUGUAAUUCUUAUUCUGACUUUUACUCAAAAUUUGGUUUCGAAAACUUCGAAAACUCAUUCGUCAAAAUUGAUAUUUUUAAAGCAAAAGGAUGAGCAUUUGAAUUUGAUUUGAAAAAUUUUUAAUUAAAUAAUCUUUGCAAAAAUUUAACUACUUAGUAAAUUGCCAUAUAAAUAUCAGAAGUACAAAUCUGACUGAAAUUCAUUAUUAUAAAUAUUAGUUUACUAUUAUAUUACAGCACAUAGUUUGAGUUCUUUCUUUAGAAUUUGUGUAUAAUAAAUAACAACAAAGUAUCACUUUUACAUACCCGAGUCUUUGUAAUGUCAGUUAUUGAGAAAUGUAAAAACUGAAUGAGAAAUUAACUUGUACAAAAAAUUUUAUUUUCAGAUGUUUAUAUAAAUUAUGUCAAUAGCUCAAUUUAUGUUCUCAUAGUUAAUAUAUAGUAUAUCAAAACAAAUAUUUACAUUGCCAAUGAAGUCACUAAAAUUGUAUAUUUUUUUAAAAGCAGGAUUUUUUACAAUUUCAUUUAUUUGGAAACAAUGUUAAAUUUUACUACAACUAAACAUGCUCUCUCCUUUUUGUGCCAUAUAUUUAGGUAAAAUUGGCCAUGUAUAUACUUGUUCCAUAAAUUUAUCUCAACAUCUCAAUAUGUUUUGCUAUUCUCUUAUACCUUUUGUAUAUUUUAAUACCUCUCCAACUGCAUGAUAUUAUUUCUUUUCAAUAUACUUGAAUAUUAACUGAUAUUUGUGAUAUUAAUUGGAAAUUAUAUUCUAAGACCUUUAAGAGAUUAAUUAAUAUAUUUAUAAACAUAUUUUGAGUUUAUUUGAAACCAAAGAGUGGGAGUGGAGCCAUACCAUGUCAUUGUUUUUGCCAAAUUUCCCAUUUUAGUCACCAUCUGUUGGAUUAGAUAAAAACCGUACUUGCAGCAAAGCAAAGCUACCUUAUACCAGCCGGUAGCUAUAUUCUAGAAAAAAUUAAAGCUGGCAGGGUAAAAUAGUCUAGUUUAUGACUGUGUGGAGUUGCUUUAAGUUUCUCAUCACAGUAAGCUCAUUUGUUUUGUUUCCUUAUAUAAUAAGUUAUAUAAAUAUGUUGUUUUAAUUUAAAAAAUUCCUUGAUCCUUAUUUUUUAUCAUGAAAAUUGGGUAUUAUAUUACAGGGUCAACCAAAGUAAAUAAAAAACAAAGUGUCAAUUUACUUUUUAAUUUAAUUUUUUAAAAUUGUUUUUGGUUUUGAUAUGGUAAGUCGGUGUCCUAACAAGACAAUAAAAGCUGUUUAAUAAACGCUGUGUUUAAUGCAUUUGUGAAUAACUGUCUAAGGAGUUCAAUCUCUGGCCGCUGUUGUAUUUAGAAACAUUACCAUAGACACUGUACAGUUGUGUGUAUCAAACCUGUCUGUGCACAGAGCUCUCAGUUAACUGUUUGUAAACAUAUAUGUAUCUGUUUUGUAUGGGACAUUCAAAGAAGUCUUAAUUUGUAAAAAUGUUAUCUAUUCAGUAUUUAUUUAAAAAUAAAGUGUUACAAUCAGAAAUGAUAGCUACUUACUUCUCUUAUUUAUCUUGCAUGCUUCCAUUUGUAAAUAAAUUUAAUUUUCACAUCUUCAAAACUGGUAAAUAAAUUCCCAAAACUCUGG